ACACAGGUGUCUACUAAAACUAUGGCGAGCAACAGCCAGUUAUGUAUUCGUCGCUGGACCACUAAACAUGUGGCCAAAUGGAUGAGAGAAGAAGGGUUUUUUGACCUUGUAGAUCUCCUGUGUAACAAACACCGAUUAGAUGGCACAGCUUUGAUGGCACUAACAGAGUAUGACUUGCGCUCUCCACCAUUGGAAAUUAAAGUUCUUGGUGACAUCAAGCGUCUUAUGCUUUCUAUUCGGAAACUGCAGAAGCAGCAUGCCAGCGUCCUAGAGGAAAUGGGAUUGAGUGUGGAGGCAAGUCCUGGAACCCCCAGCCUCAGUGCACCAGCUAGUCCAGACUGGUUGUGUAAUGGAGAACUGACACGAGAUUAUGAUGAACAUGGAACAGACUCUAGUGUAGAACCUCAUCAGUACUCUAAUGGAAAAAACAAGCAUCCUCCAAAAAGACUUGAUCCAGAGUACUGGAAGACCGCAAUUAGCUGUGUUUAUGUUUUCAUAGUGUUUGGCUUCACCUCGUUCAUAAUGGUUAUAGUACAUGAGAGAGUUCCAGAUAUGCAGACAUAUCCUCCACUGCCAGAUAUCUUCCUGGACAGUGUCCCUCGAAUCCCUUGGGCUUUUGCAAUGACGGAAAUGUGUGGAUUGGUCCUUUGUUACAUCUGGCUGCUCGUACUGCUUCUUCAUAAACACAGGUCAAUUCUGUUACGCCGCCUCUGUAGCUUAAUGGGCACUGUGUUUCUCUUGCGAUGCGUCACCAUGUUCGUCACAUCAUUGUCUGUCCCCGGGGAACACCUGCAGUGCUCUGGAAAGCUCUAUGAUAAUAUGUGGGCAAAACUUCAGCGUGCCUUCGCAAUUUGGAGUGGCUUCGGCAUGACACUAACUGGAGUACACACUUGUGGAGACUACAUGUUCAGUGGACAUACAGUGGUCCUCACUAUGCUGAACUUCUUUGUAACAGAAUACACACCUCGAAGCUGGAACUUCUUACACACUCUGUCCUGGGUCUUGAAUCUUUUUGGCAUCUUCUUCAUCUUGGCUGCGCACGAGCAUUACUCCAUUGAUGUGUUCAUUGCAUUUUACAUAACUACAAGACUGUUCCUUUAUUACCACACUUUAGCCAACACGCGUGCUUACCAACAGAGCAGGCGGGCACGCAUUUGGUUUCCCAUGUUCUCAUUCUUUGAAUGCAACGUUAAAGGACCUGUUCCUAAUGAAUACUGCUGGCCUUUCUCUAGGCCCAUCUUUCUGAAGAACAUAUUAGGCUAAAAAUAUUUGGCCUUAACAAAAUGUGGCCGUUUAAAUGUUUACAACUAAAACAAUGAUGUGAUAUGUUAUUUAUAGCAUUUCCACCUCCUAUAUCGUUUGGCUUACAAUGUGGGCAGGUACUUUGACGCAUGAUGCAUCUGUGUUGGCUGCAAAGCGUUCCCCUAAAAAGAACCACUGCGAUUAAUGAAGUAUAGGGAAAUGCAAAUGUUAAUAUACUUUAUAAUGAUGGUCUUGCACCAACACUUACAAUGAUUAGUACAAAAGUCUUAACCAUUUUGCUUUAGAAUAAUCUAUUUAUACCUGAGGAAGUAAAACUCACCAUUUUACUUUAGACACCUGUUGAAUGGUUAAUAAUAGAAAUUGCUUUAAACCUUAAA